UCGUUUCUAUUCCCUUUCCCGCAGCCCAGCAAACAACAGACCAGGCUUGAAGGGACCCGCCCUCCUCUCCCCUAAUUCCUCGCGACGCCGUUACUCUCCCCGGGGCUCAUCCGAGGGUAUGGGACAGAAGCUACGGCCCGCAGGUUGGACUAACCUACGAGGGCGGGGAAAGGAGGAUCAGAAUCGGCAGCCAAUCAGGGCUCGGCACAAGCCCAGCCAAUCGGGUUGGGUCAGCUGGGGCUUAGCCAAUCGAGCUCGAUGCGGAAGACCUGAGUCGGAGCCUGCGCCUCUCGCGUCCAGCUGUGGGUGGCACUAGGUCAGUUCAGCCGACCUGGUCGGGGUCGUAGCUGGGCGGCUCGCUGUUUCUCGGAGAAGCCCCAGAGUAUCCAGUCUAGAGGCCAUGGGGAGGCAGUGGGGGUCUGCCAUGAGGGCAGCAGAACAGGCGGGCUGCGUGGUGAGCGCCUCCCGGGCCGGACAACCUGAGGCGGGCCCGUGGAGCUGCAGCGGGGUGAUCCUGAGUCGUAGCCCGGGCCUGGUGCUGUGCCACGGGGGCAUCUUCGCCCCCUUCCUGCGAGCUGGCAGGGAGGUCCUGACAGCGGCCGGUGCCGUCUUCCUGCCUGGCGACAGUUGCAGCGAUGAUCUGCGCCUGCACGUGCAGUGGGCCCCAGCAGCCGCGGGUCCCUUGGGCGGCGUAGAGCGGGGUAGGCCCGGGCUGUGCACGCCCCAGUGCGCGGGCCUCGAGCCCAGCCCACCUGCCUCGUACCGCAGGCGGCUCCAGCAGCCGCCGCUUCCCGCCGAGCUGCUGCUGCUGCUGAGCUGCCCGGCCUUCUGGGCCCACUUCGCGCGCCUCUUCGGGGACGAGACAGCGGAACAGUGGCGCUUCGCGAGCGUGGCGCCGGAUGAUGAAGUGCCGGAGGACGAGGAGGAGGAUCAACUGAGAUUGCUGGGCUGGUUCGCGCUGCUGGGCGUGCGGCUAGGCCAGGAGGAGGCAGAGGAGGAGCGCGGGCCGGCAGUGGCGGUGGCGCCACUCGGGGCCGUGUCCAAGGGCGCGCCGUUGCUGGUCUGCGGCUCCCCAUUCGGGGCCUUCUGCCCCGACAUCUUUCUCAACACGCUGAGCCGCGGGGUGCUCAGCAACGUGGCCGGCCCGCUGCUGCUCACCGACGCACGCUGCCUGCCAGGCACGGAGGGCGGCGGCGUGUUCACCGCGCGGCCUGCGGGGACGCUGGUGGCUCUGGUGGCGGCACCGCUCUGCUGGAAGUCUCGCGAAUGGGUGGGCCUCACGCUGCUCUGCGCUGCUGCCCCGCUCCUCCGUGCUGUCCGCGCGGCGCUCGGCCGCCUGUUCCCCAGCACCGCUGCCCUGGCCGCCCACCUGCCGCUAGAGGUGGGCGUCCCGUGGGGCCUGCCCCUCCGAGAACCCGGGCCCCCGUGGGCAGCCGCGGCUGUGUUGGUGGAGUGCGGCUCCGUAUGGGGCUCUGGAGUGGCUGUGGCUCCCCGCCUUGUAGUGACCUGCCGGCACGUGUCCCCUCGGGAGGCAGCCAGGGUCCUGGUGCACUCCACGCCCCUCAAGAGUGUGGCCGUCUGGGGCCGUGUGGUAUUUGCCACUCAGGAGACAUGUCCUUAUGACAUAGCAGUUGUGAGCCUGGAGGAAGACCUGGAGGAUGUUCCCAUCCCUGUGCCCGCUGAGCACUUCCAUGAAGGUGAAGCUGUGAGUGUGGUGGGCUUCGGCGUCUUUGGCCAGGCUUGUGGGCCCUCAGUGACAUCAGGCAUCCUGUCGGCUGUGGUGCAGGUGGAUGGCACGCCUGUGAUGCUGCAGACCACAUGCGCUGUGCAUGGUGGCUCCAGUGGGGGACCCCUCUUCUCCAACCGCUCAGGGAACCUCCUUGGUUGUUCUGCUCCUGAGGGUAGCGAGGGAGAGAGGCUGAACUGGGAGGAAAGAGAUCUGGCUUCUGGUCCCUUCUCUGCCACUAAUCCACUGUGUGACCUUAGGCAUAGUCACCAGUAACACCCGGGACAAUAGCACAGGGGCCACCUACCCCCACCUGAACUUCAGCAUUCCCAUCACGGUGCUCCAGCCCGCCCUGCAGCACUACAGCCAGACCCACGACCUGGGUGGCCUCCGUGAGCUGGACCGCGCCGCUGAGCCAGUCAGGGUGGUAUGGCGGCUGCAGCGGCCCCUGGCAGAGGCCCCACGGAGCAAGCUCUGAGGCUCUGUCGCCUCCUCUGGAAAGAAGAGUGACCUUUUUCUGCUGUAGGAAGUGAUGUUGAGGUAAUUGUGGCCCCAGAAUCCAGGGCCCAGCUCCUGAAGGGGCCCGGGCAGCCUCUCAUCUCCAGCCACUGCCUGCAGUCCUGGCUCUGGGCCCUGGGGCAAACUUCUCUUCAGCCCCCUGGGUCCUUAAUCUGGCAGCCUGUUUUGGGGUGCUUUCUUGAGCCCCCAGUUCUCUGUCCCCUAGCACUAGACUAAGCUUGUUUUUCCUUCUGGGGAGCCCACUCCAACUGCACAGACAUUCUGGGCCUGAUAGGUAGAUGCAGGCCGGAAGGCAGGCCUGUGCCUGGUUUUGCAUCUGUUCCCCUGAGGGCCACCGGCCUCCUGGAGCUUCACUGGGGCUUUGGCUCCCAUCUGCCUCACAGUCAGAGUCAAGGCUGACAGAGGACUCAGGAGAAACCCUGCUCUGAAGACCAGAGACAGAAGGGACGGAAACAGGAGUGCCUCUUGCUGUGCCAGGCCUGUGGGCAGUGCAGGCGGGUCCCUGAAGGUCAGCACUCUUGGGUGUUCAGGGACCCUCUGACACUGUGCCUUCGUUUUCCAGCCCACAGCCUGGGUCUCAGGGAUCUUGAGGGGUAGAAGAUGUGUGGUUGGGGCUUAGGAAUAAAUGUGAUCUAUUGAUAAACCUCUA